CUGCGCGCUCCGUUCGUUCCUGAGCUCCUGCAUUCUUCCUGCACCGGAGCGGUGGGUUGCGCGUGCGCGAGACGGCGGCAGCAAGAGCGCUGCUCGUUUGACAGCGGCUCGGGAAGAGGGAGCUGGUGCUAGAACCGGAGAACGGAGCAGAGGACCACAGGCUGUGAGGCUGCAGCAGGGAACGAGUCAGAGCACUGCCCGGAGACAGGAGACAAAAAACAACUCAUCCUCUUCUAUUCCUACAGCUGCGAGAAGAGGGAAAACCCUGUCCACGUUUGCUUUAACAGGUCUGAAGUCCUUCUCAGCAGUCAGAGUGUGUGGAUGAAUCCAACUGGAGGACGAAGCCCUUUGAUUGGAUCCCCAUAGCUGACUGACUGGUGUGUGGAUACCUUGCUUGACCCCCACAUAGUCCUGAUUGUGGAGAGCUCUGACCAGGGGGGAAGACUUUUAACGUGACACGCCGGACCAUGGACAGGAAGAGGAAAUGGGUGCUGAGCAGCGGUGCUUUGCUGGUGUUAUUCCUUGGGCGCAUGACCACAGCCUUAGAAGUGCCUCUUGACCCUAAGGUUCUGGAAGGAUUACCACAGCCUCCCACUAUAACCCACCAAUCCCCUAAGGAUUUCAUCAUCGACCCUCGGGAGAACAUCCUCAUCUACUGUGAGGCCAAAGGGAAGCCGCAUCCCAGCUUUUCCUGGACACGGAAUGGGACGCAUUUUGACGUGGAGAAGGACUCUAAGGUGUUGAUGAAGCCGAGCUCAGGGACGCUGGUCAUAGACAUCAGUGGGGAGAAGGCUGAGGCCUACGAGGGGAUCUACCAGUGUACCGCACGCAAUGAGCACGGGACCGCUGUUUCCAACAACAUCUUCAUCAGACAGUCAAGGUCCCCCUUGUGGUCGAAGGAGAGGAAAGAGGCAAUCAUGGUACAGGUGGGAGUGUCUCUGGUGCUGCAGUGUCGACCGCCUGCAGGCCUGCCCCCUCCCAUCAUCUUCUGGAUGGACAACAACUUCCAGCGCCUGCCUCAGAACACGCGUGUGUCCCAGGCGUUAAACGGAGACCUGUACUUCUCUAACGUCCUAUUGGACGACACCAGGAACGACUACAUCUGUUACGCCCGUUUCCCUCACACACAGACCAUCCAGCAGAAACAACCCAUCACUGUCAAAGUCCUGGACAUGGAUGCAAUCAAUGAAACUGUGGCAGAUAUGUACAAUUAUACGAACAAUUUAUUUGUUGACAGUCCAUCGGGGGAGCGGCGACCCAGCUUCAUGGCUCCUCUGGGGCAGAGCAGCACCCAGAUGGCCCUGAGGGGAGGGGUUCUGGAGCUAGAGUGUAUCGCUGAAGGACUUCCGACUCCGGAGGUGUCCUGGUAUAAGGAGAGUGGCGAUCUUCCUAGCAGCCGGAUGUCCUUCCACAACUUCCAGAAGACGUUGAAGAUCGCAGAUGUGAUGGAGGCGGACGCCGGGGACUACCGCUGCACGGCCAAGAACAGCCUAGGCUCCGCCCAUCACACCAUCAAAGUCAACGUCAAAGCGGCUCCGUUCUGGAUCAGUGCCCCCAGGAACCUGAUCCUGGCCCCGGAGGAGACGGGCAUCCUCACCUGCAGGGUCAGUGGAGACCCCAAGCCCCAAAUCGCCUGGUCCGUCAACGGAGUCCCCAUCAAAGACUCUCCAAAGGACACGAGUCGGAAGGUGGAGGACGACACAGUGAUUCUGAGCGACGUCCAGACCGGCUCCAGCGCUGUCUACCAGUGCAACGCCUCCAAUGAGUUUGGCUACCUGCUGGCUAAUGCUUUUGUCAAUGUGCUCGCCGAAGCACCAAGGGUGUUGACUCCCCCCAACAAUGUGUACCAGGUCAUCACCAACAAUCCUGCCUUCCUGGACUGUGCCUCGUUCGGCUCGCCCAUACCAGCCAUCACAUGGUUUAAGGACAGCCAGACCAGUAUCCUGAAUAGAGACCCAUAUGUGAUCCAUAAUAACGGUACCUUAGAGAUCAACGUAGCCCAGUCCCUGAACAGUGGCAAAUACACCUGUAUAGCCUCCAACAACCUGGGAACCAGGGAGAACCAUGUCUACCUGGAGGUCAAAGAGCCGACGAGGAUCCUGGCCCAGCCAGAGUACAUGGUGGUCCAGAGGAACAGGAAGGCCGUGUUUGAGUGUAAAGUUAAACACGACCCCACCCUCAUCCCCACCAUGAACUGGCUCAAAGACAACGGAGAGCUGCCUGACGACGAGAGGUUCUUGGUGGACACUGACAGUCUGACCAUCAACGAAGUGACAGAGGAGGACGAGGGAACCUACACCUGUGUCAUGAACACCACCCUGGACCAGGACUCAGCUAGCGCCAUGCUCACCGUCGUUGAGGCUACUCCAACUCCUGCUAUUGUCUACGAGGAACCAGACCCUCCUACAGACCUGGAGCUGACUGACCAGAGAGAGAGGAGCGUCCAGCUCACCUGGAUACCUGGAGACGAACACAACAGCCCUACACAGAAGUUCCUAGUCCAGUAUGAGGACCUGCUCCACCAGGCUGGGGUGUGGCACAACCUGACAGAGGAGGAGGGCACCAAGACCACAGCCCACCUGGACCUGUCCCCCUACGCCUACUACUCCUUCAGGGUUCUGGCCGUGAACCAUGUGGGCUACAGCCAGCCCAGCCGGCCCUCCAGACAGUACAGGACCAACCCUGCAGCUCCAGAUGUGAAUCCAACAGAUGUCCAUGGUGUUGGAACUGAACAUAAUAACUUAGUAAUCUCAUGGAAGGAGCUGACAGGCCUCCAGUCCAAUGGACCAGGACUACAGUACAAGGUGAACUGGAGACAGAAGGAUGUGGAGGAGGACUGGUUGUCUGAGACCGUGGCUAACACCUCCAAGUAUGUGGUGUCAGGCACGCCCACUUUCGUACCAUACGAGGUCAAAGUUCAGGCGGUGAACGACUACGGAAACGGACCAGCGCCUGAGGCGGUGGUGGGGUACUCUGGAGAGGACGUGCCCAUGUCAGCCCCAGAGAGUGUCCAGGUGCUGGUUCAGAACGGGACGCUAGCAGAGGUUCACUGGGAGCCUGUCCUCACCUCCAUGGUCAGGGGACGACUCCAGGGCUACAAGGUGUCCUACUGGCGUGAGCGUAGCCUCCACCAGGCAGAGGCUCAGCAGGAGGAGCAGCAGGUGUUGCUCUUCAGUGGGAACAGGACUGACGGCAGACUACCAGGCCUCAAACCCUACAGCCUCUAUACACUGAACAUCAGGGUGGUCAACGGCAAGGGAGAGGGGCCCCCCAGCCCCAACCACAACUUUGAGACCCCAGAGGGAGUCCCUGGUCCACCUUCCUUCUUGCGUAUAAAGAACACCGACAUGGACUCUCUGACGCUGGAGUGGGGUCCUCCACAGGACAACAAUGGUCGCCUCACCGGCUACACACUCAAAUACCAGCCAGUCAACAGCUCCAAUGAGCUUGGUCCCGUUGAGGAGAUGAUGUUCCCAGCCAAUGAGACCACCGUAAUCCUGGCCGACCUCAAGUACAGCACCCGCUAUAAAUUCUACUUCAACGCUAAGACUAUCAAGGGCUCCGGCCCAACCAUCACAGAGGAGGCUGUCACUAUCAUGGAUGAAGCCUUUAUUCAGCAACCCAUAGUAGAUGUGUUCAAAGGCUACACAGAACCCCAUCUUCCAAUCUCUCCCAUCACUCAGUCUCUGCGCCCCCCGUUUCACAAGGUGCGUCCGAUAGGCCCGGCGUUCACCAAUGUAAACUCCUCUGUGGUGGGAGAGGAGGGAGCAGUGAUAAGUUGGGAAUACUUUGGACCAGAUAAGAAUGUGUAUGUGGAGUAUAUUGUAGAAAACAGUAAAGAAGACUGGACAAAAGAGUGUGUAAACGGCAGUAGUGGGUCUCAGACCCAUCUGAUAAAGGGCUUAAAGCCGGGGACGUCCUAUAGGGUUCGGCUGGUAGUUAAAGAUCACUCUGAGGCUACCAUACACAGUACAGAGGAGCUAGUGAUAACGCUGCCAGAAGCAAUGAAAAGCGACCAGGUAGACCUAGCCACUCAGGGUUGGUUCAUAGGGCUGAUGUGUGCCAUCGCUCUCCUCAUCCUCGUCCUUCUCAUCAUCUGCUUCAUCAAGAGGAACAAGGGAGGGAAAUACCCAGUGAAAGAAAAAGAGGAUGCUCAUCAAGACCCAGAGAUCCAGCCUAUGAAGGAUGAUGAUGGGACGUUUGGAGAGUACAGGUCCCUGGAAAGUGACACGGAGGACCACAAGCCACUGAAGGGCAGCCGGACGCCGUCCAACGGAACGGUGAAGAGGGACGACAGUGAUGACAGCCUGGUGGACUACGGCGAGGGAGGGGAUGGGCAGUUCAACGAGGAUGGAUCCUUCAUCGGCCAGUACAGCGGCAAGAAGGAGAAAGACACGCAUGAGGGCAACGAGAGCUCCGAGGCCCCCUCGCCGGUCAACGCUAUGAACUCCUUCGUCUAGGUAGAGAGACAGUCACCGCUAGCUGAUGGCGAUGCCAUGACGACUGGCUGCUAUGGAAACCGUCACUAUGGUGACCUGACCUGUCACCAUGGAGACCUGCCACCAUAAGGACGUGUCACCAUGGAGACUCAUCACCGUGGUGACCUGUCACUGUGGCCACCCAUCACCAUGGCUACUUCUGUCACACCUUGUCAUCUCUCCACAGCCUGCCCCUCCUGCCCGCCAACUCCCCACCCCCCCAUCACACUGUGACUACUCUCACCACCCUCACUAUCACACAAUGGGAGAAACAACUAACCAACCAGAACAGACAUGAGAAGAAGAACCUUAGAACCAUUUGAAAAAGUAGAAGGAGGGAUGUAGGAGCCCAGAAACAGACAGAGAGAGAUGGAGGAUGGAGGAGAAGGCAACACUGACAAGCAGGAAGUGGAGGAAUGUAUUCCAGGAGCAGACUGGGUUGGUUCUCAUCACCCAGACUGCUCCACAAAGUGCUGGAGAGGGCAUGUGUGUGUUAGGGCCAUUUUAGCUUUUGCAAACGUAUAUAUGAUGACAUAUAUAGAUCGUUGUCUUUUUGCAAACAAUGAUAUCCAUUAGAAUAUAUAUUUUCUCCACAUCACCCAACAUGGCAGUCAACAGUAUACAGUUUUCCAUUCUAUACAUCCAUCUGCUUCUGAUUAAUAUACUGCAUGGAAUGAAUGAUAUUCUAAACCAUUACACACGGAAUCAUACUGGUGUCUAGUGUGGGAGCAGAGAUUCACGUUGACUGACUGUACGCGAUGACGGAGCACCUUCAACUACUGGUUAUGCCUUUCAUCAUCUUACCUUUCUACUGUCAGAAGUGUUAUGUUGGUAUUAUAAUUACGGGGGGGAAACUAUGGCGUCAUCAAUGUCUUUGUGGACAUUGCUGUGAAAACUGUGACUCAGUUUAAAUGCUAUUGUGACAUGUUAUUUUUGCAAGACAGGAGGUGUUUGUAUGUAUACUGUAAUAGCAGAACACAUCUAUGGACUGGAUGGUCAGGGAUAAACACAUUUCUAGUUUGUA